CACCCAUUCACUCCUCACUCACCCACUCAAUCACUCCCCCACUCCUCACUCACUCACUCACUCCCCCACUCUCUCCCCGCCCACUCCACUCCCCGCCUCAGGCCCACCGGGCGCAACAAAUGGAGCGAGGUGAGGGAGGUCGAGGUGAGGGAGGUGAGGGAGGGCGAGGUGAGGGAGGUGAGGGAGGUGAGAGAGGGCGAGGUCGUGAUGGGCUCCACCCCGGGCUCCUCGGAGCCCGACUCGGACCUCCUGCGGGCCUCGUUCCCCGUGGGCGAGCCGGUGGACUUGUGCCACGGACUCUCGGUGCUCAUCAGCAGUCCGGACGCGAGGGUGCGACCCGUCUACCGCACGCUGCCGGCCAGAAGACUGAUCCAAGCCCCGAGGCCUGGGAAUCUCUCCCUGAAGAACGACAGCCAUGGGAACUUGGUGGUGAGUUGGGAAGUUCCCGACCUGACGCCCAUCUCGAGACUACCGAGCAGCCUGGUGUACAACGUGUGCAUGACGGACCGCGUGGGCACGAUUUGUAUCGAGAGGAAGGAACCCAUGGCGUUCAUGGACAAUGAGAAGGUGCACCACAUCGCGGUGCAGGCCCUGCUGUGUGACAGCUGGGACGGCAUGGGGGACACCAAGAAGUGCUGGGAUCACCGCAGCGAGUGGCAGCACCUCGUGAUCCCAGCGCGGACGCACGAGGAUGAGGAGGGGCAGGAGCCGCUCGUCGCGAUGGCGCUCGUCGCUCCGGUCAUCCUCGUCUUCCUCAUCCUGUGCCUCGGCGUCAAGUACAGAUGGAUGGUCAAGGCCCACGUUUGGCCUCGAGUCCCUGGGCCCUGCGACCUCCUCCUCGACCUCAAAGUCGGCAAGGAGCAGCAGCUCGCACAGGCCCCCACGUGCCGCGUGCCGGAGGAGAUCUUCUCCAGCGUGGAGAUCAUCUCCGAGUGCCAAUCCUCGGAGGCCGCCCGACAACCGCUCAUCCCCUCCAUCGCCACGGCUCCACCACCACCACCUCCUCCUCCGUCCGCUGCCUCCGUGGUCGUCGUGGCGGCGGCGGCGGUGGCGGUCACGGUGGUCACGUGUGCCGGGCCGCUCGCCGCCGGCUCUGACUACUGCUCGCUGGCCCAGGCCAACGCGGGCACCUCGGCGUGGCGACCGGGAUGAGGCCUCGCUCCAU